AUGUCAUUUAGAACCAAUUCAUUACGUUUUGCAAAAUUAGCUUCAUCAAAAGCUAUUUUAUCAAAAAGAACUUUUUCAUUAUUAGCAAAUGCUACAAGAACUACAACUUUUAAAUCACAAGUUCCUUUAAUGGCUAUACGUGGUGUUAAAACCAUUAAUUUUGGUGGUACUGAAGAAGUUGUUCAUGAAAGAGCUGAUUGGCCAAAAGAAAAAUUAUUAGAUUAUUUUAAAAAUGAUACUUUAGCAUUAAUUGGUUAUGGAUCUCAAGGUUAUGGUCAAGGUUUAAAUUUAAGAGAUAAUGGUUUAAAUGUUAUUCUUGGUGUUCGUAAAAAUGGUGCUUCAUGGAAAGCUGCUCUUGAAGAUGGUUGGGUACCAGGUGAAAAUUUAUUUGAUGUUAAUGAAGCUAUUAGUAAAGGUACUAUUAUUAUGAAUUUAUUAUCAGAUGCUGCUCAAUCAGAAACUUGGGAAUCUAUUAAACCAUUGAUUACUGAAGGUAAAACUUUAUAUUUUGCUCAUGGUUUUUCACCAGUUUUUAAAGAAUUAACUAAAGUUGAACCACCAAAAAAUGUUGAUGUUAUUUUAGUUGCUCCAAAAGGUUCAGGUAGAACUGUUAGAUCAUUAUUUAAAGAAGGUAGAGGUAUUAAUUCAUCAUAUGCUGUAUGGAAUGAUGUAACUGGUAAAGCUGAAGAAAAAGCUAUUGCUAUGGCUAUUGCAGUUGGUUCAGGUUAUGUUUAUCAAACUACAUUUGAAAGAGAAGUAAAUUCAGAUUUAUAUGGUGAAAGAGGUUGUCUUAUGGGUGGUAUCCAUGGUAUGUUUUUAGCUCAAUAUGAAGUUUUAAGAGAACAUGGUCAUACUCCAUCUGAAGCUUUCAAUGAAACUGUUGAAGAAGCUACUCAAUCAUUAUAUCCAUUAAUUGGUAAAUAUGGUAUGGAUUAUAUGUAUGAUGCUUGUUCUACUACCGCUAGAAGAGGUGCUUUAGAUUGGUACCCAAGAUUUAAAGAUGCUUUAAAACCAGUCUUUGAAGAUUUAUAUGAAUCAGUUAAAAAUGGUACUGAAACUCAAAGAUCACUUGAUUUUAAUUCACAAGUUGAUUACAGAGAUAGAUUAGAAGAAGAAUUGAAAACUAUUAGAGAUAUGGAAAUUUGGAGAGUUGGUAAAGAAGUUAGAAAAUUACGUCCAGAAAACCAAUAA